AUGUGUUGCGAGAUCCUUCUGACCGUCCACCGCUAUGAGCACCGCAACGCUCGCCGCUUCCAGUGGAUAGUGGCGAAGUUUGAGGGUAGAGACCCUGGGCCACCUCCUCCAGAUACGCUAGAGCCAGAGGCCGAGGAGCCUGCAUCUGAGGAGCCAGCAGCUGAAGCUGGCCAGGUAGUCCAGCCACCUGAGCAGAUACCUGAGGAGCCCAUGACUGAGGAGGUAGUAGUUGACAGAGCUGAGGAGCAAGCAGUGGAGGAGCCAGCAGCUGCAGCCGAGCCGAGAGCGGAGGCAGCUGACCCGGCAGUGGACCCGCCAGCAGCACAGACCACCACACAGCCAUCCAGUGCCCUUAUUGUUUACCAGCAUCAGCACCACCCACCACCGCCAGGCAGUGGAGCUUCAUAG